AUGCGCCCCGGCGCGUGCCCCCUUCACUCACGGGCUCGCCGCGCACGCGCAGAAGCAGCUCGCGUCCUAUUGGCCGCCAGGUCAUCGCACGCUCUGCAGCGGCGCCCCCGUUCACCGACCGGCAGCCGCCGCGCACGCGCACUUCUCCCUCCCGGGCAGCCGGCUGGCUGCCGCGCAGGCGCAGUCGAGACCGUUUCGGGAACGCGCUGUCUCGCAGCAACCUUCCUCUGCAAGGGAAAUCCUGUCAGGUGCCCACUUUCACCGCUGUCUCCUGCUCUGCCUGCUCCUACUUUCAGCAUGGUAAAGAAGAAUACUAUCCCUGAUGGAUGGCGGAGUUUGACACCAGUUGGACAGCCUAUACCAGGAACAAGAUUUAUUGCAUUCAAAGUACCUUUAAAAGGGGCAAUUAACCAGAGGCUUACCCCAACCCAGAAGUUUACACCAAAAGACUUAAUUGCUGCAAUGAAAGCCCUAAAUGUGGAACUUGGAUUAAUUAUUGAUUUAACAUAUACCACACGAUACUAUGAAGUUAAGGAUUUACCUAAAAGUGUGCAGUAUAAGAAACUUUAUACCAUUGGACUUGAAGUCCCUGAUAAUGCUACUAUCCUACAGUUCAAAAAAUGGGUCAGAAAAUUCCUAUGGGAAAACGCAGGAAAUGAGAAACUCAUUGGCGUUCACUGUACUAAUGGAAUUAAUAGAACCGGCUACCUUAUAUGUAGAUAUCUUGUAGAUGUUGAAGGCUGGGAUCCAGAGGCAGCAAUCCAAGCUUUUGGUGAUGCUAGAGGUCAUCGCAUGGAUGGUCUUGUGUAUCUCACAGAUCUCAGAACACAACCAAUGAGAAGUAACCUUGGAAUGGAUGUAUGGGAUUCAGAUGAAGAUAUUAUUCCCCCACCACAUGCAAUGGAAGAACCUGUAGAGCGGUUCCCAAAUGAGGAUUUUCAGGGGUCUGGGAAAAGAUUAAGAAUUUAUGAUGACCACUCUCACAAUGAUUUGCAAGGACAAAUGCAGUUGAGAGAUUUUGAUUUUAUUAACAAAGGACCUGGACAAAGACGGAGACCACUUCAUGACCAUCAGACUCGGGAUGAUUUAAGAGCACCAAUGCAGAUGAGAAAUUGGGACUGCAAUAGAGAACCAGGACAGAGGCAAAGACCCUUUCCUGAUCACCAGUUUUAUGAUGAUUAUCAAGAAGACAUGCAGCUGAAGGACUUGGACUUCAGUAACAAGAGACUUGGAGAAAAGUUGAGACCUUUUCAUGGACACCAGUUUCAUGAGGAUUUACAGGCAGAGAGACAAUCAAGGGACAUUGAAUUUAAGAGAGGCCGUGGGCAAAGGCAAAGAUCUUUUCCUGACCAUCCAUCUCACAGUGAUUUGAAGGAAGACAGACAGUCAAAGGAUUUUGAUUUUGGUAGCAGAGGCCGUGGCCAGAGACGAAGAGUGUUCCAUGAUCACCAGUCUCAUGAUGAAUUUCAGACUCAGAUGCAGUUGAAAGAGGUAGAUCGUGUCAACAAAGGUCCUGGCCGAAGACUGAGAUCUUACCAUGACUAUCAGUCACAUGAUGACAUACAGCCACAAUUAGGGGAUUUUGAAUUUGUUAACAGGGGUCGUGGGCAGAGGUUGAGACCUUUCAAUGAUCACCAGCCUCACAAUGACUUACAAGCAGAGGUGCAACUAAAAGAUUAUGAUAAUAAAGGUACUGGACAAAGACACAGACCUUUUCAUGACCAUCAGCCCUAUGAUGACUUACAGGAACAGACUCAGUUAAAAGACUUUGAUUAUGUUAAUAAAGAGCAUGGACAAAGGCCAAGACCUUUUCAUGGUCAUCCAGGUCAUGAUGACUUGCCACGUGAAUGGUGUUCAGACAGAAUUCAGUCUUUUUCUUCCCAUGAAAAUGCACCAGAACCUCAUUUCCCCUCAUCUCCUUCACUUCAGAGAGAUUAUGGAUCUGAUAAUGAAGACUUUGAAAGAAGUUAUAGUAAUCGACCAAAUUGUCCUGAAGACAAUAGAAGAAUGCAUCCCUCAGAUGAAUUUACUAGGGGAAAAAACAGAUUUGCACCAUAUUCUUCACGAACAAUGCAUCCAUCUUCAUCUGCACACCAAGAAGAUAGUUCAAUAGACUAUGAAAAAACACCUUUUCAAGGUGAAACUUCCAGAGAGAUGGAACAAAGCAAAAGAUUACCAGCUGUAACAGUUGAUUACAAUUAUGGUCUGCCAUUAGGUUGUAGACCUGAAGAUGAAGAGAGAACACAUUAUGAUUUACCUCCAAGAGAACACUACAACUGGAACUGAAUAAAAAGGACAAUGUUUGCUCAGCUUAGACUUAAUUUUACACAUUUUACUUUGUAUGUGGACCAAUGUUUUUUUGUUGUUUUUUUUUUUUUUGAUGAAUUAGGAAAAUGCAAAUUUGAGUAGUAGAGAACUGGUCAAUAUUGUAAGAUUAGCUUCUACUGAGGUUUGGUUCUUUAAAUUUAUUAGGGUCUAUUUGUUAAGUGUAGUUGGAGACAAGGUCUGAGUCCACAUGGAAUUAAAGUAGUCCUUCCUCUUAGUGAAAUUGGAACCCUGUACCUUCAAACAACUUUCUGAGUGAUUGCAGUUGUGUUUUUUGUUCUACAUUUAUUUAAAAUGAUGUGAUUGCAGGAUGCAAAAGUAAUAAUAAAAUACUAGCAUUGAGAUUAUAGGAAAAUACUAUAAAACGAAUGAAGCAAA